ACAAGGUUUACCAUUGCGCCUUCGCCUUUUGAGGCGUUCUUGUUACGGGAACAUCAAUGUCGUGCCGCGGUAUGCUCUGAUAAGAUCGGCGUACACAUUUUUUCGCUCCUUCUUGACUCACCAUGCUUUUACCUUCCUUACAUCCGCCGACCAUCUGACUGCUCUCCUCUCUUUCUUGAUUACUACUUAAGUCCUGCUCGUUUCCUCUUUGUGUCGAUCUCUUCUUUUCAGCAUCAAUUUUCACUCAUAUCCAUCUGCAACCAUGGAAUUACCGCCUAGAACUCAAGCACCAUUGCCUGUUGUGCACAAUGCAUACUCUCCCAAGGAAGCCAUUGAGAUUUCUUCUCGCGCUGGUGCCCACAAGGCUACCAUGCGAAUUGACAAAAUCAUUGUGAGCUCUUUCAUGGCUGGCUGUCUCCUGUCAUUCGGCGGUGCCUGUUACACCGUCAUCAAUACUUCGACCUGGUACAACGAAAACGCACCCGGACUGGUCAGAAUGUUCGGAGCCCUCAUCUUCCCCUUCGGUUUGGUUGUCAUCGUCAUGACUGGAGCCGAUCUCUGCACUGGCUCUUUCAUGUACACGACCUUGUCUACCCUUCACCGCCGCACUUCAAUCUUGUUGAUGCUGAGACAUUGGUUGCUCACAUUCUUUGGCAACUUGGCUGGAGCACUAUUCGUCACUGGUAUCAUUGUUUACCAUGGAGGUGUCUUGUCUGCUUCACCCUACCGCGAGGAAGUGUUAAAGAUUGCAACGACCAAGGCCGUCACGCCUCAGUGGCACGAAAUCUUUGUCAAGGCUAUUGGUGCCAAUUGGUUGGUUUGCCUGGCAUGUUUCUUGGCUUGCUGUGCACGCGAGUUCUUCUCCAAGGUCUGCGCCAUCUGGUGGCCUGUUUUCGCUUUCGUUCUGCUUGGAUUGGAUCACGUUGUUGCGAACAUGUUCUACAUUCCACUGGCCAUCAUGCUUCACCACCCUGACAUCUCUAUCGGCUACUACAUCUGGAAGAGCAUGAUUCCCGCCGCUCUCGGCAACAUCGUCGGUGGCAGUGUCUUCGUCGCCGCCGUAUAUUGGUACCUCUACCUCAACGGCGAGAGCUCAGCAAUCGUCGUCGACGGCGCCAGCUUCGAUCUCUACGGUCACGAAUCCGAAGGCUCAAGCAUGACCAACGUACCUCAGGGGCAGGACUCCAAGAGAGACGACGGCAAGAUGGUCUAAGACGACAAUCCCAGUGGUCAAUGACCAACCUUCUAGGACAAAACAGCAACUCAACAGCUGUGUCCACGACAUUCAUUUCAACACUUUAUGAUACCCGAUUUUUUUCAACUAAUGAUUUUUAUGGCCUGCUAUGGAGUUCAACAACAAUUACAUGAUGGGAAAGCAAGCGCGGAGUUCAACAUUUGGAUUUUAUUUACCAUCACGGUCGUGAUCGACUACACAUACGACCAUUCACGAUCUCAACGAUCAAUACAUGAAGGGAUAUAUCUUUAAAAUAGAUUCUUGAACAUUCGAGCGUCGAAACUCGAUAUACAAAUAUUUUGGAUGUUUCUCUCUUG